GGAGAGAGAGAUAAGGUGCUCUUGCGAUGGAGGCGGUGUCUCUGUCGUGUCUCCCGACCACAUACCAGCGGUAUGGUGGUUCGGAGGGUUUGCAUUUUGUACGGUCGCAUAGUACCCGAGCGCUGACCAAGAGUCAAGCCCGUAGACCGAGGAGAUUGGUGGUGAGCUUUGGGAGCCAAGGCCAAGGGUCGGGAAAUUCGGAGGAGAAGGUGCCGUCAUGGGCGAAGACCGACUCGGACGAGCCACCUCCUUGGGCCAGAGACGAAGGCGGUGGAAGUAGUAACGGUGGCUCCCCCCAACAAGACUUUCAGAUCCCUUUCUUCGUCUAUCUACUUGCCUCCACCGUCACCGCCAUUGCUGCUAUUGGAUCGGUGUUCGAGUACGUGAACAAGAAGCCGGUUUUCGGGGUCUUGAGCUCAGACAGCAUCUUCUACACUCCCUUGCUCGGAUUCUUUGCCAUUACUGGCAUCCCUACUUCCGCGUUCUUGUGGUUCAAAUCUGUUCAAGCUGCCAACAAGGAAGCUGAAGAACAAGACAGAAGAGACGGCUUUCGCUAGAGACAGCUCCCAUCUUGUGUGUGUGUUUGUGUUAAGGCAAACAAUUAAUCGAAUAUAUAAUUCUCACACAGAAUUUGGCAUUUGCA